GUUUAUCUGUUGAAUGAAUGCCAGCAGAAGGAAACGAGGCAUAUUGGCUCCUGGGGUCCGGGAAGGGUAUUAGAUGUAUGUUAUGUAUACAUUUAUGUUAAUAUUAUAACAAAAGGCGCGCGCGAAGGAAAAGCAUUUUGGGCAGGCGCAAUGUUGCGGGGAAAACGCCGAGCCAUGAGACAUGAGAAAAGAGUCAAACGGAACAGAUUUUUCGCGCCGGCAGUCUAUUUUAAAGUCGCGUGGAAACGAAUGAGGAGCUUCUUUAUUUUAAUAACUUCUAGACGAGCUCCUCACUCACUCUCUGCGUGCAGAUUUCGGGAAGUUCGCACAAAUAAAUUGAUGAAAAUUUUCACGCGACAAUUUUUCCCACAAAGUUAUUCAAUUCAGGAAAAUUUUUCUCAUUAAAGUAAAUUCUCUCACAGUGUGUGGGUUUUUUUGUGUUAUCCUUGCAGAGUGUUUUGGUGCUCUUUGGGGGGUGUUUGGAGUGAAAGAAAAAAAAUAAAUCUGCACAUAACUGCGGUGAAUUCAUCUGUGUGAAGGGAAUUUUUGCAGUGAGUUGUUUGUGGGUGAGAAAAUUCCGGGAUUUUCAUCAGUGUGGGUACUCCUUCCUGGCAACGGAGGAGGUAGUUGCUGUGCCACGUCGCCAACGUUAUGACUGCAGAAGUGAUGGAAACGUGCUUAGAUCCAGUACUCUCGAGGCUCGUGUCGUCACUCAAGGAGGCGGAAAGUUUGUCUGGUGAACAAGAUUUGGGUUUCCUGCAGACAUUGCUGGAGUCCAAGGAGCUCAAUGCGCUCGUCAAUGUGCACAGCAAGGUAGCAAAGAUUGGCAAAGAUGACCGUGUGGCACCUCUUCUAUCAUCAUCAAUGCAGGUUGCCCUCGAAGUGUUGGAGCAAUUGGCACCACGAUGUCAUAUCUCACCGCUCUGCAAAGAAGUCUUCCACCUGCUUCAAACACCUCACUUGCAGAGUCUCCUCUGUGCCCACGACUCCAUUGCGAAAAAGGACUUUUACCCUCAUUUACCCGAGAUUCCCAUGGAAGUGGAUGAGGAUGAGGAGACAAUUAAGAUUGUCCAACUUGUAAAGAACAAUGAAGCACUUGGUGCCACAAUAAAGACGGACGAUGAAACGGGGAAGAUUGUUAUUGCCAGGAUAAUGCACGGUGGGGCUGCAGACCGGUCGGGUUUAAUCCACGUGGGGGAUGAAGUGAUUGAGGUGAAUGGGAUUAAUGUGGAGGGGAAGACACCAGGGGAUGUUUUGCAGAUUCUGCAAAAUUCCGAAGGGACCAUAACGUUCAAAUUAGUGCCGUCGGAUGGGAAAGCGGGUCAGAGGGAGAGUAAGGUGCGUGUUCGUGCUCACUUUGACUACGAUCCCGAUUGUGAUCCCUACAUACCCUGCAAAGAAGCAGGGCAGGCAUUUCAGCGUGGCGAUAUCCUCCACAUUGUAUCCCAGGAUGAUGCAUUCUGGUGGCAAGCACGCAAGGAGGGAGAUCGAAAUUCUCGAGCAGGCCUCAUUCCCAGUAGAAAUCUCCAGGAGCGUCGUAUAAUUCACGAAAGGAAGCAAAUUGAGAGCAACAGUGAAUCCAAAAAAGGCUCAUGUGCAUCCAUCUGUUCAACCCCACCCGGUUCCCCAAAUCCCAAUUCAUGUCGAGGGCCAAAGACUAAAAAGAUUAUGUACGAUGUAGCAGAGAAUGAUGACUUUGACCGGGAGAUGAUUGCAACGUAUGAGGAGGUGGCAAAGCUGUACCCCCGACCCGGGAUCUUUCGACCCAUUAUCCUCAUUGGGGCACCCGGUGUUGGUAGGAAUGAGCUCAAGAGGCGUCUAGCGGCGAGGGAUCCCGAGAAGUAUCGCACACCAGUUCCAUACACCACAAGACCCAUCAGGACUGGUGAAGUUCCCGGGCGGGAGUACAUCUUCAUCCCGCGGGAUAAAAUGGAAGCUGACAUUCAGGCGGGGAAGUUUAUUGAGCACGGGGAGUACAAGGGGCACCUCUAUGGCACGUCCGCUGAGAGUGUUCGAAGCAUUGUAAAUGCUGGAUGUGUGUGCAUCCUUAGCCCUCACUAUCAGGCCAUUAAGGCCCUGCGGACGCCACAGCUGAAGCCCUUUAUUAUCCACGUGAAACCACCGGCCUUUGAACAAUUGAAGGCAUCCCGUGAAGCCGCCCACGCACGUUCAACGUUCGAUGAGACCAACUCUCGAGGAUUCACUGAUGAGGAGCUGAUGGACAUGGUGAAGUCAGCUGAAAGGAUAAAUUUCCUCUAUGGGCACUUCUUUGAUGAUGAAAUUGAGAAUUCAGACCUCGGGAAGGCAUUCGAGAGGCUCGUCCAGCUAGCACAGAAGUCUGAAUGUGAACCCCUCUGGGCACCAGCCACGUGGGUCCAGUAGACAAGCUGGCUGCCACCUGCCCCCAGGAACCUUCGCCCAGUGAUUUUUUUCCUUUUUUUCUUGACUAAAUGAAAUAUUUUUAAAGAAAAUAUUCAAGAGAGAUUUUUCUCGAUUUCGUCCCUAAUUAAAAUUCAACCCAAGUACACAAAAAAACUCGAGAAAAAAUAUGUAAAUUUGUAAAAAAAAUAAAUUUUCGUGAAAAUGAGGAAAAAUGUAUAAAAUGAAACUUUGAAAAAAAAAAGAUUAUGAGAUAUAUUUUUUGUAAAUAUUUUCUCACAGCUUUAAUGCCUUCUUCAUCCCCUCUAAUGAAGCUUUGAAAGAAAUUUUAGUGAAAUUUAAUUUAUUUUUCUUUAAGGCUUUAAUUUUUGGAAUUUUCCACAAGCCUUGAAAACUAAUAAAUUUUAAUUUUUUUUUAAAGAAUUUAGCGAUUUUUCUUUUAGUCAAAUAGUGCAACAAAUUCUUUAUUUUUUCUCUAAAACAAUUUUAAAACUUUAAAAAAUUUUGAAAAAAUAAAAAAUUAAAUAAAUAAAAUAAAAUGUUGCACUCACUGCCACAAUUUUUGAAGAAAAAAAGCGAGUUAUUUUUGUUUCUCGCGCUGAAGACAAAAAAAGAAAAUCUUAAAAAAAAUGUUAAAUGAAAUAAAAAAUUAACAGAUGGGAUAAUAACUAAAAUUUUAAGAAUGCAAAUUUGCAAAUUGUUGAGUUUCUAUUUUUGUGCGAAUGGCGAUUAAAUAAAAAAAUGAAAAUUAAACUCCCAAAAAAAUCUACCCUGAUAUAAGAAUUUUUGAAGAAAGUCGGAAUGAAAAAAAAAACAAAGUUUACGAUGAAAAGAAUCUUAAUGAAAAAAAAUUCAGCAAUAUAUUUAUUAGAUAAAAAAAAUGAGAUGAAAAAGAAAAUUAAGAAAUAAUUGUGAAUUUAUAAUCAUCUUAAGAAGAAAAAAAAACAAAACUCUUGCAUUUCUCCUAUUAAAACUCCUUAUCUUUGAUAUAUUGGACAAAAAAACGAGCUCUUAACCCAAGUAGAAAUAAAAAGAAUCACAGCUAAAAGAAAAUAUAAAAAGAAUCUAUUUUGAGAUAUUUAACCCAUAAUGUGCAGCGAGUUGAUCACACAAAGAAUUUCUUUCCUUUUGUGGAAUUCACUUUGAAAAUAAAAUGAAAAACAAGAAACUUUAUUUAAAAGAAAAAUAAGAAAAUAAAUAUAGAAUGAAUUAUAGUGACAAAGAAAACUUAAAGAAAAAAUAUCUUGUGUAAAAAAAGGAAUAUGCAAAAAUAUACAAAGACAAAAGAA